GUGGUGGAUAACAAUCAUGUCUCCAUUUCCAGUGAUAGUUCAAAAAAAUUAACCAGUUUAUUUAUUACUUUAAUUCAGUAUUAAUCUGGACUAUUUAGGGAACGAUUCACGUAUUUUAAUAUUAUUGUUUCAAUAAUUUGCGAUGAUAGGUCUUCGAGGUCAGUGGCCUAGAACGUUGCGAUUUCUUCAUGAUGGUCAUAUGUACCAUCAUGAUGUGCGAUACAAUGAUGACGAUGAGGAUUACGUAUGUUCCUUGAGAACAUCAAAAAUUUCAAAAUGCCCGGUUGUAGCUUCUGUAAACGACGAUGGUGAUGUGGAAGUUGUUGGGGUUCAUACCCAUGCUCAACGUCACUCGGCAGAAGAGUUGAGAAAGCAGGAAAUGUUGGCAGAGUUAAAGCGACGAGCUGUAGCUAGUAAUGAACCACCGAAUGAAAUACUGAAUGCGGUUUCUCGCGAUUUUGCAGACAUUGCUGCCAUUGUUAAUCCAGUAUCUGCUCGAGCAAUAAUUAAUCGGGAACGAAUCCAACAGCGUCCUCCAAUGCCUCAAACCGUCCAUCAUGUCGGUCCUAUGUUAGAUCGUUAUUUACAAGCCGCAGAAAUUUAUCGCGGAGAAAUCCAAGCGAGUGAUGGAAGUAUAGCUAUAGUAUUUGGGAGCCAACAGAUGCUAGAACGCUUAAAUGACGCAGUAGAAUUGUUUGUCGACGGCACAUUUCAGGCUGUCCCAGAUCAACCUCGCUUUAUGCAGCUCCUAAUAAUUCAUGUCCGGAAAUUAGAUAUGGGGCUUCCUGCACUAUUUAUUUUAUGUGAGAAAAGAACAACGGCAAUGUAUGAAAAGAUUUGGGAGUUUAUAUUGGAUCGGUCACCUGAGAUGGAAAAUAAUUUGAAGUAUGUGUCUGGUGAUUAUGAGAAAGCUCUAAUUUCAUCUAUCAGGAACAAAAUGCGAUGGGUCAUUUUUAGAGGAUGUUGGUUCCAUUUUACCCGAGCUGUAACAAGAAGGUGGCGUAGAUUACGCCUCACUGGAGCUCCAGAAUUUGUACUUCAUCUAACUUGGGUUCUUCCUUUAGUGCCAGCGCAUCUUUUUCAAGAGGCAUUCCAAAUAAUAAGAGCAGAAGCUCCUUUAAUCGAAAGAAAUUAUCCUCGUAUUAUGUUUUUUAUCGCAUAUAUCGAGACCUACUGGCUACCUCAAGCUGCUCGAGUAUCAACUCGAAAUUCUGUAAUUAGAACAAAUAAUGUUGCCGAGGCGUUUAAUAGGCAAUUGGUAACAAGACUUGGAGGUGCUCACUUGAACUUAUUUUUAUUUAUUGAAAGAUUAACUUCAAUUAUUAAAGAUGAAGAAAUAAGAUGGUUGGCAGUGGACAGUCGCAUAAUAAAUUAUCAAACAGCCCUCGAUAAUGGGAGAUUCACGGUAGCAGAAUUUCUUCGUACAGUCGGGUUGCAACGAGUGCACGCGGCUGUUGCAGAUGCCAACAUACGACUGCAAGACGAAGAUUUUGAUUCUGACGACGAAAUGCCGUUGUUAACAGAUUUGGCUGAUCCCGUUAGUGCAAAUGAAAAUUUGUCUGUAUUACCUAUAUUACCACCAAUUCGAGAAGCACGUCGUCGCCGUCGUCGAGGUGCGAGGAGAGGUGGUGGAGUUGAGGUUGCCAGAGGAGCUGUUAUUAACAAUCCGCAAAUCGGAGGUCGAGGUAGACCUCGUGGUAGACCUCGUGGAGCGCGAGGUGGCCGUCAAGUUGAUAUCCCUCCAAUUGCAGCCGGUAUUGGACAAAACCAACCUGUAAUUGUUGAAGCUGAAAAUGUAGCACCUGGCCCAGAAAAUAAUCUACCACGUGAUGGCGGCCAAAAUAAUAAUGGCGACGUUUACGAUAGAAUUGAAGUAAACGAAUUUGAGAAUGAUGAAUUAGCGGAUGGCAAUGCAAGAACUUGUUCUAUUUGUCUCCUUAACAUACCUAAAAUUAUAAUUGUACCGUGCUUCCAUUUAUGUCUAUGUUUCCGUUGCAAUUUCGCUCGCCAAUUAAUCGACGCGGAUCUGCUGGAGGUUAACGCAGAAUAUCGACCGACGUGUCCGGUAUGUCGAACCCCUAUUGAUAAUACCCGUGAAGUAUACGCAGCUUGAUUAAAUAAAAAGUUUGGUUUUUAUUGUAUUCUUAAGAUAAUAUAUUUUUGUUUAUUUUUAAAACUUUCUAACAGUGGUAUGCUGGGAAGUAAAAAAAAUUUUUAAAUUAUGUUUGGUCGUUUGUAAAAGCAUGUACUGUUAAUUUACUAAAAAUAAUAA